UCUGUGAUGGAACACUGUUUUCUUAGAAAUUAUCAGUGUCUGGCUGAAUAUCUCUCAGAAUCGCUUUAUUUCAUGGAGAGAUCACUAGUGCAGUGCGUGGUAUUACCAACAGCUUGCCUCAGUCCUCAUGGUCCUGCCCACCAUCGCGCCAUUUACGUUUCUUAAGAACGCCACGCAUUGCGCACUCCCACCAACUACUUCAUCGUCAACCUCGCCAUGGCAGAUGUGUUAGUGGUUGUCUUCUGCCUGCCCGCCACGCUGCUCUCCAAUAUCUACUAUCCCUGGAUGCUGGGCUGGCUGAUGUGCAAGUCCGUGGCCUACGUGCAGGGGGUGUCGGUGUCUGCCUCCGUCAACUCCCUCGUGGCUGUGUCCUUAGACAGGUUCCUGGCCAUCUGGUUUCCCAUGAAGCUGCAGAUCACAACGUACCGCGCCCGGGCCAUCAUCGUGCUCAUCUGGAUCAUGGCCGUGGUCUCCCCCAUCCCUUACUUUGUGUACUUCGAAACCAAUAUCUUCAUUCAGGAUUUGCCAGACCUGCUCGUGUGUGUUGAGAUGUGGCCGUCGCGGGAGGCAGAGUGGCUGUACUUCCUCAUCGCCCACCUGCUGCUUUGCUACCUGCUGCCGCUUGUCCUCAUCUCUUUCUGCUACUUCAUGAUCUGGAUAAAGGUAGCGCGGCGGUCCAUCCCGGGGGACACGAGGGACGCAGCCAUCCAGCAGAUGCAGCAGAAGAGCAAAGUGAAGGUGGUGAAGAUGCUGGUGGUGGUGGUUAUCAUCUUCAUGCUCUCCUGGCUGCCCCUUUACGUCAUCUUCGUCAGGAUCAAGAUGGGUGAGGAGCUCGGGGAGAGGGAGGGCGCCAUCCUGGCCAUCGUGACUCCGAUGGCACAGUGGCUGGGCUCCUCUAACUCCUGCAUCAACCCCAUCUUGUACGCCUUCUUCAACAAGAAGUACCGCAACGGCUUUCUGGCCAUCAUCAAGAGCCGCUCCUGCUGCGGGACUCUCCGCUUCGAUUCCUACUCCUGCUCCACCACCAGGAGGUCCUACUACCCCUCCUACCGCUCCACCAUCCGCCCUGAGGCCGCCACCAUGGACUCCAUCUCCCGCCACAAGUCCAGCGCGUCAAACGUGUACACACUGGAGGGCCGCGCACACCCCAGGACGCGCUACCACCACCACCACCACCCUGCACGCCCACGCCUUGCGAACGGCCUGGCCCCCGCCCUGCACCUGGCCGACAACUUCACCCACGACACCAACCUGGACCAGAACUGCGGGGCGGCUGCCUCCACGCUGCUGGCGGGCAUCGAGGUGGUGGACGUGGACAGUCAGGAAGGCUUCUCAGAGAAUGGCGAGCGUGUGUAUCCAAACGGCAAACUGGAGCCCGUGGAUUAGUGUGUGUGUGUGUGUGUGUGUGUGUGUGUGUGUGUGUGUGUGUGCGUGUGUGUGUGUGUGUGUGCGUGUGUGUGUGUGUAUGUGUGUGUGUGUGUGUGUGUGUGUGUGUGUGUGUGUGUUAGUUAUGAACUACUAACUUAAAUAGGUGUUAAUUUCUCUGCGUAACAUUUCAAAGCACCUAACUUUUUCUCUCUCUCUCUCUCUCUCUCUCUCUCUCUCUCUCUCUCUCUCUCUCUCUCUCUCUCUCUCUCUCUCUCUCUCUGUCUUUCUUCCUUAACCUGUAAAAUUUACUUAAUUAUUACUUGCUUUAAUAUCUUUUAUUGUGUCUUUGUGUUUCCAUCUCCCUUCUCUUAUUCCUUCACACACACAUACACACACACACACACACACACACACACACACACACACACACACACACACACACACACACACACACACACACACACACACACACACACACACACACACACACUCGCUCACUCACUCUCUCUCUCUCUCUCUCUCUCUCUCUCUCUCUCUCUCUCUAUUCUCUUCUCUCGUUUUUCAUCUUAUUCUAGAUAAUUUUUCGUAGUUUCUUUCCUCAGUUUUAUCCUUCUCUCUUUUAGUGUUCCUCUUACUUCCUUCUUUCUUCUUUGUUGACCUCGUCUUCCUCCUGUCCCUCCUCCUCCUCCUCCUCCUCCUCCUCCUCCUCCUCCUCUUCCUUCUCCUGCCGUUCACAUCAAUCUGUCUUCCCUAACUUUCCUUCACUAUCAUUUCGUCACUUGAACAAAAAAUAAAGUGCUCUCUCUCUCUCUCUCUCUCUCUCUCUCUCUCUCUCUCUCUCUCUCUCUCUCUCUCUCUCUCUCUCUCUCUCU